UAUUAGACAUAUAUUUGGCAUCAAAAACUAGCACCACAACCAAGUCCAUGAUGGAUAUAUUUGGCCUCAAAUACUAGCACCAAAACCAAGUCCAAUACACAUACCCAAGCCCACACCCAAAAUGUUGUACCUUAUGUGCACCCACCCUCCAAACACCUCCUUUAAUUCAUGGCCAAAUUCUCCAUCAAAUCCCUCGCCCCCAAUUAAAGACCUAAGAUAUGCCUAUCAAAUCCAUACCCAACUCAUCAAAAGGAGAAUGGCUCAACACAACCCUUCAAUCACUCAAAUCCUCACUCAUUGCAUUGAGUUAGACCCUCAUGGCUCAAUGCACUAUGCCCAACUUCUCUUCAACCAAAUGCUUAACCCUGACCUCCUUAUUUUCAACCUUAUGAUAAGAGGCUACUCAAAAAGUAGCAUUCCUCAAAGAAGCUUAGAACUCUUCCUCCAGAUGCUAAACCAUGGCCUCAUGCCUAACAAUUACACCUAUCCUUUCCUUUUCAAGGCUUCCACUGCCUCCUCUGCCCAACAGGAGGGGCAGGCAAUACAUGCACAUAUGUUGAAGGUUGGCCUAUCUGAUGAUGCAUUUGUCAAGAGCAAUCUCAUUAACAUGUAUUGCUCAUUUGGGUUAGUGGAGAAAGCAUCCCAAAUUUUUGAUAAAAUGACUGAAAGAAGUGAUAUAGUUGUCUGGACGUCGAUGGUAAGCGGGUACGCCAAGUGUGGUCAGAUAGAACGGGCACGGAGGGUGUUCGAUGAGAUGCCUCAAAGAGAUGUUGUGGCGUGGAGCGCAAUGGUGACUGGCUAUGUGCAGGGUGGGCAUUUCAUGGAGGGAUUGGAACUCUUUGCAUCGAUGCAAGUCACAAAGUUUAGGCCUAAUGAAGCUUUGCUAGCGAGCGUGCUAACAGCUUGUUCGCACCUCGGUGCACUAAAGCAAGGGGAGUGGAUCCAUUCACAUAUAUGGAAGAGCAAUUUGGGCCUCAAUCCGAUUGUCGGGACUGCUCUUGUUGACAUGUAUGCCAAGUGUGGGAAGAUAGAGAAAGCAGUCGAAGUUUUUGAGGAGAUUUCGGAGAAGACCCUUGUCUCGUGGACUGUCAUGAUCAAGGGGCUAGCCAUGCAUGGGCUAGCCAAAGAGUGCCUCUCCCUUCUCUCUAGGAUGGAAAAAGAAGGGAUAGAACCUGAUGGGAUCACAUUUGUAGGGGUACUUUGUGCAUGUGGUCAUGGUGGCUUGAUCGUUGAAGGUCGAGAUUGCUUUCGUAAGAUGACCCAAGUGCACCACAUCACACCCGGGCUUGACCAUUUCGCUUGCAUGGUCGACCUCCUCGGACGAGCAGGCCUCUUCGAGGAGGCCGAGGAGCUCAUUGAGGGGAUGCCAAUGGCACCGGAUAGCGCCAUUUGGGGUGCACUACUCAAUGCCUGUAGGAUUCAUAGGAACGUAGAGCUGGGUGAGAGAGUAGGGAGAGAACUCAUGAAGCUUGGCACACAAGAUGGUGGCCAUUUUGUGCUCCUUUCUAAUAUGUAUGCCUCAUUCAAUAGGUGGGCUGAUGUUUCCAGGGUUAGAAAAUCAAUGGUGAUUGAUGGAGUGCAAAGAGCACCUGGAUGCAGUUACAUUGAGGUCCAUGGUGUGCUACAUGAAUUUGUAGCUGGUGACAGGGUACACAAAGAUAUAGAAAAGAUCAAUGCCACAUUGGAGAAUGUAUUUAGAGAAAUAGGGUUUUUGGGUUAUGCCCUAGACACUAGGGAAGUGCUACUUGGUGUAGAUGAGGAGGAGAAAAGGAAGUCCUUAAGGCAACAUAGUGAGAAAUUAGCACUUGCAUUCGGUUUAAUCAGAACAAACCCUAAGGAGCCAAUUUACAUUGUGAAAACCCUAAGAGUUUGUCAUGACUGUCACAAUUUUAUGAUGCUUGUGUCCCUAGCAUACGAGAGGACUAUAGUGAUGAGAGAUAGAAAUAGAUUUCACCAUUUUAGAGAAGGACUUUGUUCUUGCAAGGGGUAUUGGUGAAGAUUAGGGUUAGGGUUGUGUUUUCUUAUAUUCAUGCUCAUCUAUGGAUGUGAAAUUGUACACAAUAUUUUUUAGUUUUUUGUGCCCCCUUAGAUUUGCAGGGAUUUGUAACUUAAUAUUAAGCAAAGAGACUUGUUAUAUACCAAGUUAAUCCAAAAGCUACCCAAAUGACAUUGUUUCUAAAACCAUUUUUUACAAAUUGAUGCAUAACCCGGUUUUGCAAAUACCGGAUCCCAAAUGACUCAAAAAGUCUUCGGUUUUUAGUCCAGUCGUGAGUAUGAGUACAAGAAAUUAUAUGGUGACACCGAACUCUACAUCUUCUAUUAAAACAUUCUAGCCUAAUUCUAUAUUCUAGACCAUAGUUAUCAAAAUUGGAGCGGUCCCAUGAUCUGACUCAUCGGACCGCAACCUCGGUUGGUCUAAUCUAAAGUAAAAAUUAAAUUUACUGUUGUUUGAUUGGUUUUAGCCAGUCCAACUGAUUUGAUCAGCUAGCAAAGUGGGAAACAUAUUCUUAAUGUAUUACAUAUUGUAAGAGUAUUAUUCAUAUUUUCUUAAUAUUUCUAAGACAAUCAAAUUGAUUAGAUAAGUC